AUGAAUCAUCUCUUUUUUUUUCUAGUACUUCCUUAUGUUUCUCUAAAAUGUCCACAAUUGAAACCAUCGUUAUAUAUUAGUGAACCACGUCUAUCAAAUAUCACAAAUCAUAAUAAUCGAUAUUAUUCAUCAAUGAAUAAUAUUGAAAAAUCGAAUAAAAUCCAUUCAUUUUCAACGAAUUGUUUCAAAUCAUCAAUAUUAAAAGAUUCAAGUAAUAAUGAUUAUGAUACAUCCUAUGGAGUCGAUUCUCCAAGUAUACAAUCAAAAGCAGUAACGAAUUCAUCGAUAUAUGGUUAUCUUAAUGCAUUUUUGUUAAAAAAACAACAACAACAAUCUGUUCAUUCACAUAGAUUCAAAGAAAACGUUGCUCAAUCUGAAAGGCCAAAUAUAAUAUCAAUAACAUCACGACCAAAAUCAGCUCCAUUAACCGAUCAAUCAUUAUUUUCACCAUCGAAGCCAACCAAAAUUCUUUCUCAACAACCUAUUCAUAAUACAUCAACACCUAUAUCAAAUAAAUCUUUACAACUAUGUUCGAAAUCUUUAACAUAUGAAAGGGAGAAUUCUAAUAACGAUAUGCCGAAUACAGAGGAUCAAAAGAUGAAUAAUACAAUGAAUCAAAUACGAAGUCCACGAAUUAAUAUUGGUAUAACAUUAGAUUCUCGAUUAAGAAAAACACCUGUACUUGAUAUGUUAAGAAAUNAACGAAGUCAAAUUGAAUCGACUAAAGUUAUUCAACCAGAAGGUACAACUGUUCAAUUAAAAUGUUUAGCAUCUGGUAAACCAUCACCAGAAAUAAGAUGGAAAAAAAAUGGUAAAAUAUUAUCUGAAGAUGAAUACGGUAUAACUCAAAGUCAAAUAUUAAAUAUUAAAGAUUUACGUCAAUCCGAUACUGGAAAUUAUACAUGUGAAAUAUUUAAUUCAUUUGGUACAAUCAAUGCUACAUAUAUUCUUAUUGUUACAGAACAAUUACAAUUUUUUGGUAAUGAUCCUCAAAAUAUAACUGUUGAAAUAGGUAAACCAGCAAUACUUAAUUGUCGUGUUCAAACUAAUGAUCCAACGACAAAAAUUCAAUGGUUAAAAAAAAUUGAUAAUCAACAAUUAUUUCGACCUGAUUCUAUUGUAUUUGGUUCGGAACAAUAUGAAACUAUUGAACAAUAUCCACAACAACAAUAUUCGAAUAAUAUUCUUUCGAAAGCACUUAUUUUUCCGCGAAUACAUAUAAAAGAAAGUGGACAAUAUACUUGUUUAAUUCAAAAUGAUAAAGCUACUAAUUAUAAAACAGCUUUUAUUAAUAUUAUCGAUAAUCGUAAAGGUGAAAUAAUAUCAACCAAUAAUUAUUAUAUUUUACUCUACGCAAUUGUCAUUCCUUUGUUUGUUCUUGGUUUUAUUCUUUUCUUAAUGUUUUGUUUUUCCCAUCAUCGUCGACAAAAUAAUGAUCAUCACUAUUCACAUUGUACUGAUAGUUUAAAAUCUUCGAUAAAACCACAACAACCAUUAGUUCAUCAUAAUGAUGUUAUGUUUCCACCAGCAAAAAGUCAUACAAGUAAUGAUUAUCUUGCAGAUAGUGUAGAUUCAAUACCAGUUACUAGACAAUAUUCACAACAACAACGCUAUGGUCCAUCUGCAUCAUCUGAUCUUGCAUCACUUACAAGUUCAAAUUUGUAUUAUACACGUGUACAAGCAAUUUAA